UAUUUUUUUGACAUUUUCCUCCUCUCGCGUACAAGUCUGGAGAAGCGUGCUUUCUGUUCUACUUUUCCCCAACUUUCCUUCUAUCUUUGAAGAAAAUUAUACAUCUCUGUCUCUGAGGUUCGGAAAUGGAGGCUUCCAUGUCCCCGACAACGUCAAUAAGCUUUUCAGACUCAUUGCUGGUUAAGAAAAGGGUAAAACUUCCUUCAUGGAAUCGGCGUUUGGCGUCCAUUUCACCCCCCAGAGCAGUUGCCUUUGCUCAAUCCGUUAUUCUGAUUAGGAAGCCCAGCGUGAAGGUUUUAUGCAGUCAAAAAAGAGAAAUUCCUGUGGUAGAAGGCAGAUGUAUCGAUGAAAUAUAUGAUGCUUUAGCCGAACGUCUGGCUCCCACGGCAGCAAUUGCAUCAAAUCCCAAUUUGAAGCACAUUGUGGGUUUGGCUGGUCCUCCUGGCGCUGGAAAGAGCACUCUAGCAUCUGAAGUAGCCCGGCGUGUUAACAAGUUAUGGCCCCAGAAAGCUUCUUCAAUUGAUUCCCAAGUUAAGCCUCCAGAUGUAGCUAUUGUUGUUCCGAUGGAUGGGUUUCAUUUGUAUCGUUCUCAGCUGGAUGAGAUGGAGAAUCCAGAGGAAGCCCAUGCAAGAAGGGGAGCUCCAUGGACAUUUAAUCCAGCACUACUGCUUUCAUGUCUCCAGACCCUAAAAGCUCAGGGAUCAGUUUAUGUACCAUCAUUUGACCAUGGCAUUGGAGAUCCAGUGGAAGAUGAUAUUUUUGUGAGCCUUCAGCACAAGGUGGUUAUAGUAGAAGGAAAUUAUUUAUUGCUGGAAGAUGGGGUUUGGAAAGAGAUAUCAUCUAUAUUUGAUGAGAAGUGGUUCAUUGAAGUUGAUAUUGACACGUCAAUGCAACGAGUUCUAAAGAGACAUAUUUCAACUGGAAAGCCUCCGGACAUAGCUCAAUGGCGGAUAGAUUACAAUGACCGGCCGAAUGCAGAGCUUAUUAUCAAGUCAAAGAAGAAUGCAGAUUUAGUAAUCAAAUCAGUUGAUUUCUAAAGGUGAAUCGUGUCAACUUUUAGGAAUGUAUGUUCACAUAGUCAGUUCUUUUAACGGAAUAAGCUGGUCAUAUUUCAUCUUUGUUGUAAGGAUGGCUUUAGAUGUUGCACUAUUGGAAGCUGGCAUAAAGUUGAUGGCAACAUUCAUUUUAUGUUGACCAUAAUGAAUAUCUUCCCUUCUUUCUUUCU